UGUAUCAUAUUAUUUUAAAAUAAAUUAUGUUGCACAAUAAUAUGGGACAUUCGCUUAGCGGAAUACCGAAGCUCAAAUAUUCUUAGCAGACUUUCCAAUUAAACGUGAUUAAUAGGUACAAUAUUUCGAUGAGAUGUAUGGCGGGAUUCACAUAAUACAAUUUAACAUAUACACACACAUACGCACCUCUACAUGUUAUAUAGAAAUAUUUGUAAUUUGCAAAAUGGCUUUGGAUUCCAAUCAAAAAAAUGCGACUCAAAAAUAAAAUUCCCUCGCUUAAUUGUUAUUUUAUUGUGAUUAUUAUCACGGAUAUAUUUGUGAUAAGUUAUACUUGUUGUCUAGAUAUAAAUACAUGAGUGUCAUAUUAACAUUAUACGUGGCAUUGUUAUGUCUUUCACAAAUUGUUGCUCAUGCGGGCAUAGUGACGAAUUUGUACACCGUAAAUAAGAUAGGAGAAUACAUCAACCCCUUAAUAAAGAAUUCCUUAUUAAAAUUUGCUAUUCUAAACCUCCUAAUCUUCACUUUCGGACAAAUAAUUGUACUAUGUAAUCAGCUUGGUGAUCGUUUUGGUCAUAAGACUGUACUCAUAUCAGGAUGGUACUUAAUUGGUGGUUUAACAUUAAUUCCAUCAUAUUUACAAAUUCCUGAUAGCAGUUUAACAUCUGUUUUCAUUGAGUCAUCUCUAGUUGUUGGUUAUUUCAUGAUCCUAUCUAAUGGUAUGUGGCUUUUAAGAGAUAGUUAUCCAGAAAAUAAUUUUAUUCGUGGACUAAUGGCAGUCAAUGUACCUUUAGGUGUUUUGGCUGGAGUGGUUAGUCUAUAUCUUCCACUUUGGAAGGAUUUAAAGUAUAUGUUAGGUAUGGGCGGGAUUUGUUUGGCUAUUGGUUUCUACUUCAUCAUUAAAGAAGGCAAGCAAACUAGUACAUGGAAGCAAAUAUUUAAUAUGCCUGAUUUCGGGGUCCCGUGUGUGACAAUAUCUUUUUUACUUGCAAUUAAAGGCAAUGUAGAUUCAUUCACUUGGUCUCCCAAUUUAUUUGUCUUGGUGAUAAUGAGUAUAGUGAUAUACAGAGUAGGUUACACUCGCAUUUUAGAGUGUUUGAGAACUUUUUUACGGUUCUUAUUACGUAUUAAGAUAGGCUUGAUAUGGGGACUGAUAUUUUUUAGUCUAAUAUUAUUAUGGAACUUUCUUAACUUCUGUACCAUACAACAGGGAGUUUCAAUUAUUCAUUUCGUAGGGAUUAUAGCUGUAUUGGCUAUAUUUGUACCCUUAGUUGGUAUGAGAUCUAGCUCCAUGUUAAUAAUAAGUUUUGCUGUGUUUUGUUUUAUAAUAGCUUUCACAAUUCUGCAAAUGGUUUCAAUUCAAAUGUCAUUCUUUGGAUUCAGUCUUGUUCAAAUAUACAUACUAUGCUUCUCCAUGGAUUUGGGAUUCCCUUCAGGAUCAAUUAUAGUCACCCCAAUAGCUCGUGAUAGGUCGACACUUGCAAUUACAUGUCUACUAAAUUUAUUGCUUACUGCCUAUUUGUCACUGUCUAUUAAACCAGACACUAAAUUUGUUGUUAGUGAUAUCAUUGAUAAUUAUAAGACAACCAUUCUAUUCAGUAUUGGAAUGACUGGUACUUCUGCUAUUGUAUGUUUGGUUUUAUCAUACAUAGAGUCGGCUUUUGGACAAAAUGAGAAGGAAAAGGUUCAAGAUGUUGAAGAAAGUGUAUGAUUUUAUAUAUAUAUAUACA